CAACAUAAUGUUCGAAUCAUCAAUCAGAGAUAAAAUUCAGGCAAUAAAAGAGAGAAAAAAAAGAGGCAGCUUAAAUAGCACUGCACCCCUGGUUGCACCGAGCCAUACGUGUAGAUAGAUUUCUUGCCUUGUUAGCAACAACAUCUGCUCGUACUUGCUCCUGUGUUCCGCUCACAAUACACACUGCUCUGCAUCUCUUGCAAGCCCAGGACUUUAUAACCUUUCUUGGCCCUGUGAUAGUUCUAGAGAGAGAAGGAAGGACAGAGAGGCAACAGAGGGGUGGGGGGAGAAAGCCAUGGUCGUGGAGAGUGAGGGCACCACUGUGUGUGCCCACCAAGAAGUGCCGGUCGCCAUGGAGGAGGAGAAGGGAGGAGGAGGAGGAUGGGGCAAGAGGAGGAGGAAGCAGCAGGGGAGAGGAGGGGAAGGCGGGGAGAAGAAGAAGUACGCCCUGGUGAGCUACCACGAGCUGCCGGAGUACAUGAAGGAGAACGAGUUCAUCCUCAACUACUACCGCUCCGAGUGGCCCAUCCUCAAUGCCGUCCUCAGCCUCUUCUCCUGGCACAACGAGACCAUCAACAUCUGGACGCAUCUCCUUGGGUUCAUCCUGUUCUUCGGUCUCGCUCUGGUGCAUCUUGGCCAGUACUUCCCUCAGGUGGCCGAUCUGAUAGGGCACCUUUCCUGGCCAAUCUCAAAGGUUGCUGAAAAUGUCUCCAGCAAUAUUGGGGAUGUCUUAUCUGGUGCGGCCAUGUUCAUGCAGACGAACCCGGCGCUGGCCUCCUACGGCAUGGCGGUGGCGUCGCAGACGACACGGUGGCCGUUCUUCGUGUUCCUGGCGGGCGCCAUGUUCUGCCUGCUGAGCAGCAGCGCGUGCCACCUGCUGUCGUGCCACUCGCACCGGCUGAACCUGUUCCUGAUCCGGCUCGACUACACGGGCAUCGCGGUGAUGAUCGUGGUGUCCUUCUUCCCUCCCAUCUACUACAUCUUCCAGUGCGACCCGCACUGGCAGGUGGUGUACCUGUCCGCGAUCACGGCCGCGGGGGUGGCCACCGUGUACGCGCUCAUGUCCCCGCGCCUGAGCGCGGCGCGGUACCGCGCCCACCGCACGCUGCUGUUCGUGGGCAUGGGCCUGUCGGGCGUCGUCCCCGCCGUGCACGCGACCGCCGUGAACUGGCACGAGCCGCACCGGAACGUGACGCUGGCGUACGAGGGCGCCAUGGCGGUGUCCUACCUGACCGGCGCCGUGUUCUACAUGACGCGGGUGCCGGAGCGGUGGAGGCCCGGGGCGUUCGACCUCGCGGGCCACAGCCACCAGAUCUUCCACGCGCUCGUCAUCGCCGGCGCGCUCGCGCACUACGGCGCCGCCAUCGUGUUCCUCAAGGUCCGCGACGAGAUGGGCUGCCCGGCCAAGUGACGCCGUAUCGGCGUGCGCGAACUCAUGCAUGGGAGUAGAAAUUGAACUGUUUUGUUUUGUAAGGUUCUCUAGUGGUCAAUUACAGUUUUUACAGCAGCAGCAGCAGCAGCAAGUGUGCAAUAUUGACUAAUACCGUCCGAUGAAUGAUUGUUGAUUGUGACAGAUUCCAUGUCAAUCUGUACAUAGAAGCUUGAUUAUGAAUC